AUAUCUAAGACGACGUCUUGAAUUCUCGCAACAAUGAGCCUCAGCCAUACCGCUUUUUUGCGAACCUUGCUUUAUCCCAGACAACCCAAGCGUCUCGCGCCCAUCUGCCAGGUACUGUACCUACGCCAGCAAAGGAGCGCAGAGGAGGGGGGCUGAGUCGCAACCAUUCAGAGCGAUGACGUUCGGCCAAUGUCCCCCACCUGCAACUCUACGGUGAUGGGACUUUCGAAGGCACUAACAAGCCAACCAACCACCUACACACCGACACACCAACCAGAAACAUCUCUUCGUCCACAUUAUUACCUUGAUAUUGAGCGUCUGGAAAUCAAUCACAAAGGAUCGGUGCACAAAUCUUGGAGCAAACCGUUACUCUUGGCAGGCCCGCAUUUCCCAUAGCAAUAUGUCUUCUAACGAGGGCGAAGGAGCAGCAGGAGUUUCUGAGCAAAACAAAGGAACAUGGAGCGCGUUCUUGAAAUCGAUUGCGUCCUUCUCGGGAGAUCUUUCGUCCCUAACUGCCCCUCCUUUUAUUCUAUCGUCCAAGUCACUCGUUGAGUUCUCCUCGUACUGGGCUGAACACCCCUCGGUUUUUGUCGCUCCAGCACAUGAGAAAGAUCCACAGAAGCGGGCGUUAUUGGUCUUGAAAUGGUUCCUUAGUACGUUGAAGCAACAGUAUGCGAGUCGCAGUGAGAAGUUUGGAAACGAGAAGAAACCCCUGAACCCCUUCUUGGGAGAGCUAUUUCUUGGGAAAUGGGUGGACGAGGCCGGUACCACUGAGUUGAUUUCUGAGCAAGUCAGUCACCAUCCACCAGCUACGGCCUACCGAAUCUCGAACAAGCAACAUGGCGUCUAUCUACAAGGUUACAAUGCUCAAAAGGCUUCGUUCUCCCGGACAAUCCAUGUGAAGCAAAUCGGACACGCUGUCCUCACCAUACCUGCUUACAACGACACCUACCUUAUCAGCCUCCCGAACCUGCAUAUUGAGGGCCUUAUUUUCGGUGCGCCAUUCGUCGAGCUCAACGAUAGUACCUACAUUACGAGUACAUCAGGGUUCACGGCGAAGAUUGACUUCAGCGGCAAGGGCUGGCUAUCGGGCAAGAAGAACAGCUUCACUGCAACCAUGUACCCUACGGGCAAAGAGAAGGAUAUUCUUUACACGGUCAAUGGCCAAUGGACGAAGUCCUUCGAUAUCAUUGAAGGUCACUCUAAAAGUGGUACUGUCAUUGAUACAUACGACGCUGAUGCCCAUCCCCCAACACCCCUCACAGUAGCUCCAAUCGAGGAGCAAGACCCGCUGGAGUCGAGAAGGGCAUGGGCAAAGGUCGCAGCUGGAAUUGCAGAAGGGAAUAUGGAAGUUACUGGAGCGGAGAAGACAAAGAUCGAGGUUGCGCAGCGAGAGCUAAGACAGCGAGAGAAGGAGGAAGGCAGAACCUGGGUGAGGAGGUACUUCUCACAGGUGGAUAGUGAUCCAAUAUUGGAUCAUCUUGGUCCCAUUAUUGGGAUGUCUCCGGAGACUGAUAAGACGGGCGGAAUAUGGCGAUUUGAUGAGGGGAAGUACCAGGCACUGGCUGCUAACAAGCAGAGUUAA